AAAGAAAUUACCAAAUUCAUUAGGGAUUAAAGAGUCUUUUCGUGCGCAAUGAGUCGGUUUUCACUUUCGAUAGCUGACUAGGGAUUUGCUAAUCAACUGCGUGAUAAUCACAUCGACUGGCACCUUGAAUCCCAGGGCAGUGAAGAUUUUGGAAUUCAAGAGUUAAUUUGUACCUACCACAUUUUCAAAUGGAGGCAGACAGGCUAAACUCACCUGACACAUCGGCAGUGACAUUUGAAGUUCUUGGCCAUCAGCUGCAUUUUGCGCAGGAUCCAAAUUCAAAGCAUUUAGGAACUACCGUUUGGGAUGCAUCAAUGGUGUUUGCCAAAUUUCUGGAAAAGAAUUGUAGGAAGGGGAGAUUUUCACCAUCUAAAUUGAAAGGGAAGCGUGUAAUUGAACUCGGAGCGGGCUGUGGCGUGGCUGGAUUCGGCAUGGCAUUGCUGGGAUGCGACGUUGUUUCAACUGAUCAAACUGAGGUCUUGCCUUUGCUUAUGAGAAAUGCUGAACGAAACACCUCUAGAAUACUCCAGACGCUUUCUGAUCCUGAGUCUUUUGGAUCCGUUCAAGUUGCAGAGCUCAACUGGGGAAAUGCAGAUCAUAUAAGGGCUGUUGAACCACCUUUCGAUUAUAUUAUUGGCACCGAUGUAGUCUAUGCAGAGCACCUUUUAGAGCCUCUGCUGCAGACGAUUCUUUCAUUAUCCGGUCCAAGGACUACCAUCAUGUUGGGAUAUGAACUUCGCUCCACGAAUGUCCACGAUCAGAUGCUCGAGUUGUGGAAGAGAAAUUUUCUAGUUAAAAGUGUUCCUAAAUCAAAGAUGCACAGUUUGUACCAACACCCAAGCAUACAACUUUUCAUGAUGAGCCCCAAGCCUUCAGGCUGCACGGUUGAUGAGACUGAUUGCAGUGGCGAAGAGAUUAAAUCAGAGGAAUCAAAGCAAACCUCAGACGACAAUGAUCUCACGAUGGGGGAUUUUGAAGGAAGCAGGCUGUUGAAUAAAGAUAUCAGCGACUGGGAAGCGAGAAGGUGUGGAGCAAUGGCUGCUAAACUUCUUCGAGAUGUAAAGAUAACAUAGACAGACGAUACCUUCACUACAGGUAACAGUGCAUUUAGCUCUGAAAUAUUACAAAUGUAGCACAAUGAUUUCAUGUUAUUUACCAAACAAAGCUGUAUCAGAUGCUCUGAGCAAUGUAUUCUGUUCUGUGUGA